UUAAAUAUUGGUAUGUGUUCUAAGUAUCCACUUUUAGAAGUUGAUAUUAAAAAUUGGGUUAAAUCUUUACAUUCACAACAAAAAAUUAUGUCUAGACAAAUAAUUAGAACAAAAGCUAAACAACUUGCAAGAGAAAAAGUUAAGAAAUUAACAUCUACUAGUUGUAUUCAGCGUCCUGCCUAUAAUUGUUGUGGCAUUUCUACCUCUCAAGACAGUUCUAAAGAGGAUAUCAUAUUCAAUUAUGAUAUCAUUGACUUAACUCAAAAUGAUAAUGCAAAUAUGAAUAAUGAUG